AUGGAUCCUACUGAAUAUUGCGAGUUUGUGGGUUGCUUAGUUUAUCUUACCGUGACUUGGCCAGACAUUGCCUAUGUUGUUCCUAUUGGGUACCUUCUGGACCAGUUCAAGUAUGCUACUGAUAUUAUCCACCGAGCUCGUCUCACUGAUUACAAAAUCGUUGAUACUCCUCUUGAGCUCCAUGCCAAGUUCUCUCCUUCUGAUGGUGUUCCUCUAGAGGAUCCUACUGAAUAUCGCGAGUUGUGUCUUCUGCUCUCUUCCACAUCUAGUUUGACUUUUCAAGCUUACGCUGAUGCUGAUUGGGCAGGCGAUAUUAGUGAUCGCAAAUCAACCUCUGGCUUUUGUAUUUUUCUAGGUGAUUCCCUAAUCUCCUGGAAAAGCAAAAAGCAAUCUGUUGUUGCUCGAUCCACUGUUGGAGCUGAAUAUCGCACUAUGGCUCAUGCUACCUCAGAAAUAGUUUGGCUUCGUUAG